GAUGCAGGCGGCACUGCGGGCGGCGCGCGGGGCUGCCGGCGGGCUCCUCCUGCGGGAGGCUCUGCAGAAUGGCCGGCGGCCAGUGCCCACCACGUGGCUUGUCCGGGUGCCCCGGAGAUGGUCCUACAACCGGCCCAUGAACACACUGAUCCUCUUCGUGCCCCAGCAGGAGGCUUGGGUGGUGGAGCGGAUGGGGAAGUUCCAUCGCAUCCUGGAGCCAGGACUGAACUUCCUCAUCCCGUUUCUGGAUCGCAUCCGCUAUGUACAAAGUCUUAAAGAAAUCGUCAUUAAUGUGCCGGAGCAGACGGCCAUUACCCUUGAUAAUGUGACCCUCCAGAUAGACGGCGUCCUCUAUCUGCGCAUCGUGGACCCCUACAAGGCGAGCUACGGGGUGGAGGACCCCGAGUACGCGGUGACGCAGCUGGCACAGACCACCAUGCGGUCGGAGCUGGGCAAGAUGUCCCUCGACAACGUCUUCCGGGAGCGGGAGUCCCUCAACUCCAGCAUCGUGGACGCCAUCAACCAGGCCUCCGACUACUGGGGCAUCCAGUGCCUGCGCUACGAGAUCAAGGACAUCAGUGUGCCCCCCCGCGUGAAGGAGUCCAUGCAGAUGCAGGUGGAGGCCGAGAGGCGCAAGCGCGCAACCGUCCUGGAUUCCGAAGGCAAUCGGGAGUCUGCCAUCAACAUGGCUGAAGGAAGGAAGCAGGCUCAGAUCCUGGCCUCCGAGGCCGAGAAGGCGGAGCAGAUCAACCAGGCUGCAGGGGAGGCCAGGGCCAUCCUGGUGAAGGCCCAGGCGAAAGCGGAAGCCAUCCGACUCGUGGCAGCUGCUCUGGCAGAACAGAACGGCAGCUCAGCCGCGUCGCUGGCCGUGGCCGAGCAGUACGUGAGCGCCUUCUCCAAGCUGGCGAAGGAGUCCACCACCGUCCUCCUGCCGUCCAGCACGGGAGACGUCACCAGCAUGGUCGCUCAGGCGAUGGGGAUCUACGGCAGCCUGAGCAGGCAUCAGCCAGCCGGGGCUGCGGAUGCGGACGCCGCCCCCUCCCUCCAGGCACAGCAGCCCUCGGGCACAGAGCACCCCGAGCUGGAGCGGCCGGAUGGCAGCUAGCGGAGAGGCCUGUGGGCACAGCCCAGCCCCACCCACCCUGCCCACUGUGGGCAGCCUCUGUCCCUCUUCUCCCCCGCCCUCGAACCUUGGUUUGUUUUCUAAUUGGAAUGGAAUCAUGUAAUAAAAGGAGACAGCUGGAUGGUU